AAUUAAGAAGCAGAGGAUGGACCUAGGGUUCUUCGAUAGAACCUUGUACACAGAACAGUCACUCUUCACACGUUUUCUAGAGAAAAUGCAUUGAUUUGGAUUUUUUGGUCGAAGCAAGUCAUGGCAGCAACGAUUCCUUUUUCACUGCUUAGGAAUUUCUCUUCGUUGAGAUCAGCGAGGCCUUUCGUUUUCAAAGCCUCCAACUUUAAUCUUCAUCUUCCUCCUCAACCACGCAGGUUGCCUUUUAGUACUAGUGCCGCAAACAAUGAAGAGGCUGCAGCAAAAGCAGCUGCUGUUAAUUUUGAUAGUGAAGCUCCAACAAUAUUUGACAAGAUCAUAAAUAAGGAAAUCCCUUCAAGCAUUGUGUACGAAGAUGAAAAGAUUCUAGCAUUUCGAGAUAUCAAUCCACAGGCUCCAGUUCAUGUUCUAGUCAUUCCUAAAUUUAGAGAUGGAUUAACACAACUUGGGAAGGCUGAUGGUAGACAUGGGGAAAUAUUGGGUCAACUUCUCUAUGCUGCCAAAAUAGUAGCUGAGAAAGAAGGUAUCCUUGAUGGAUUCCGGGUGGUCAUCAACAAUGGUCCCAGUGCCUGUCAAUCCGUGUACCAUCUGCACUUGCAUGUCCUAGGUGGGAGACAGAUGAAUUGGCCACCCGGUUGAAAGAUGAAAGUUAAUUCUGUUUAAUACUUACUGGCUCCACUAUCUUAUUGUUAUAAUUUCCCGUGUUAUAAUUGCCUAUUUUCUGAUGAAUAUCACGUAGAUAUUUCUACUUCUUUAGUUGUAUUUUGUGAGACCAACGUACAAAUAAUCUAGCAACUUGGGAAUUGGGAUCGUUCAGUUAGGUUUAAUGAUUAUUUUUCGGCAGCUUAAAAAUAGUUAAAUACGAAAGGUGGAU